UGUCGCGUUUCACCGCUUCUCCCAACUGUGCUGCCGCGCCACUCGGUGGGGCGUUCGCUGUGUGAGCCCGCGGCCCAGCUGCUACCAUGAGCCGGCACAGCCGGCUUCAGAGACAAGUUCUGAGUCUGUACCGCGAGUUGCUGCGCGCCGGGCGCGGAAAGCCGGGCGCCGAGUCGCGGGUGCGGGCCGAGUUUCGGCAGCACGCCCGCCUGCCACGCUCCGAUGUACUGCGCAUCGAGUACCUGUACCGCCGCGGACGGCGCCAGCUUCAGCUGCUACGCUCGGGUCACGCCACGGCCAUGGGUGCCUUUGUGAGUACGCGGGGCCCGACUGAGGAGUCCCCCGGCGCAGGGGCCCCAGGGAUCCCACCUGACGAAGGUGACGGCACAAGGAGACCGCUGGACAGCAUGGGGGUACCGAAGACCGCGCCGGAUGGACGGUGACCGUCACCCGGUGGCUCAGGGGAACCGGGGGCCCGCCUGACUGCGUGGGGGGACCGGGGAACCGGCCUGAUGGAAGGUGAGAGGUGAGAGAUCUUGAGAGACCAGAUCGACAGAUUGGGGGAAUUGAAGAGCCCUCCUGGCGACGUGUAGGGUGCGAUGGCGAGAGAUGCCCGACUUUGCCCGAUGUAUGGUAACGGGUCAAACUUACCCAUGAGGGCUUGGGUAACUUACCCAGAGCCUGGGUCGCCGGCUGGCUGGACUGUCAAGCUGAUAGCUACUUACCCGAAGGCCUUGGGGAGCCAGGACGCCCCGCGCUGUUGGACAGAAAGAGACUGACACGCCCUUCUCUAGACCCCGGAGAACAUACCACUACUGGCUCCUCAAGGAGACUCCCUUCUUUGUGUGUAACUAUGAGAAGAGCAGACUUUUUUGCUGAGGAGUUUGGGAAGAUGCCCUGAUGGCAGGUGAGAAGCCUGAAAUCCCCUUAGAAAAAUCUUUCACCCAUUGUGACAAACUAGGAUCAGUGAGGAAGCGGGUAGGGAGUCUCUCACCCCAGCUAAUCAGUUAAAGACCCCCUCAAGACCUCUACGUGAUACUUCUGAGGGGGACUCCCGAUUCCUGCCCCUUUCCCUGCUCAGGACUGUUGGACAAAAAGGCAAUAAAAUUGGGGAUGUGCUUACUUCCCUGUUGGUGGUCUUAAAGAUUUAAUGUUUGGGGGGAUUUUUGAAGAGGCACGCACACACACACACCCCAACAAGUGA